AUGGGCAGUGAGGCGGGACCCGGGGUCAUCCUAGGUGUGGGAGGGGGUCCUCAGGAAGCAGGGGCCCGCGGGUCGCCAGCUGUGGUGCGGGAGGUGGGUAGGGUGCUGGCCCUAGCUGAUGGGUGGGGCGAGGAGGCCGCCAUCUUUAUCGGGGAGGUGGUGCGGCAAUGCGCGGCCCUGUUGGAGGGAGAGGUGGCGCGGAUCAUGGAGGUGUUUUGGCAGCCUGUGGAGGACAUGAUGGAAGAGGUGGAGGUGGUGGCGGAGAAGCAGCAGCAGCAGCGGGUGGUGGCGGAAGAGCAGGAGGAGAAGCCUCAGGAGCAGGGGCAGGAAGAGCCAGGGCCGUCCCCGAAGAGCGCCUCGCUGGACGCGCUGGAGGCGUUGAAGGUCUUGCAGUUACAGCUGGAGCCUGUGAAUGCGGAGUGCAGCCGACAACUCUUUCGUCUCAAGGUCACAACACUUCGGAGGCGGAAGCCUUAUCUGGAACACAGAAGCACCAUCAUCCAGAGCAUCCCUGGCUUCUGGGUCAAAGUUUUUGUGAACCACCCCCGGAUGUCGGCCAUGAUUAGCACCCAAGAUAAAGACAUGCUUAGCUACAUGACCAACUUGAAGGUGGAGGAGCUCGCAGAUCCCAGUGAUUACCGCAAGAUCAUGUUGUUUUUCCGGAAGAACCCCUAUUUCCAGAAUGAGGUGGUUGUUAAGGAGUAUCUCAUUGAGGCCACUAGAUAUAGGGCAUUUCGUCUCGCUCCAAUUCAGUGGCACCGUCGUUUUGAAGAGGAGGUGUAUAGCCGCAGGCACAACAACAGCAGCCUUAACUUCUUCAACUGGUUCUCUGACCACAGCUGUGUAGGAUCUAGCAGGAUUGCUAGGAUCAUCGGCGAGGACCUGUGGCCCAGUCCCCUGCGCUACUACCCGAGGGAGAAAGGCCCCACCGGGACAGGUCACCGAGAGGAGGACAGACACCUGGCUGAGUCGGUGCUGACCCUGAGGGUUUGCCCAGCCCCGUCAGUGGCCCCAGGGGCACGGUCUCGCGAGCACCAGACUCUGGCUGACCCUCAGGCGGAAGCUCUGCACGGAGGCAAAUGUAGGCAGUCCUGUGGGACCUCAAGCCUCAGCCCCUUCGGCCACCAGGGCCCGGCCGUGUCCCCCGGUGGCAGUUAA